AUGGGCCAGGGAUGUAUCAGGAAGCACCCCCGCAGCGAGCCGGCGCUCCUCGAGCCCGUGAAGGUCCAGCCCCCCCCGCGGUCCAAGAGCCCGACGUCCUCGGGGCGGUCGCAGGGCCUCUUCUCCUCGGCGCCGACGCCCACCGUCUCGAGCUCCACGCAGCGCUCCUCGGCGCAGGUCGUCGAAGGCCCGCACCGGAUCGUCAUGAAGAAGUAUGCGAUGCACAUGACCGACGAUGACAUCAUGGGCGAGGGGAACAGCAGCAUCUGCCGAAGGGGGACGAACCUGCUGACCAACGAGACCGUGGCGAUCAAGGUCUACAAGGUGUCCAGGUCCAGGUCCAAGAAUGGCCAGGCCGAGACCCUCCGGACAAAGUUCACACGCCAGAUCGAGGUGCUCCGGGAGCUGAUGGCCCCGCUGGAGAAGUCGAAGGAUGAGUCCCUGUGGUGUGAGCAGCUCGAGCUGGCGCCGUCGGACAAGCUCUUCAUGCAGCUGCUCGACUACUCUGGCAACCUGGCGUCCAGUGGCUUCCGUGGCACACCCGGUCCCGAUCCGGACGACGGGGAGAUGUACGUGGUCACAGAGAUGGCUUCAUGCAGUUUGAAAGAGUACAUCGCUGCGCGCCGCAAAGCUGGCAAGGCGAUGUCAAAGGAGACCGUGCGUGCCAUCACGAAAGCGAUGAUGCUAGUGACAGCAGGUCUACACGCCAAGGGCUUUGUGCACCUGGAUCUGAAACCCGAGAACCUCAUGCUCUUUAACGGAGUCUUGAAAUUGAUUGAUGUCGACGGCUGUAUCAGAAUCGGCACUAAGAUAUCGAUCACGGACUCCUCGUUGUCUUUCUCUCCCUGCUACUGCUCUCCAGAGUGGGCCCGUUUCAUCCACGACGAUUCGCCGGAUCCUUACAUUAUCGCCGCGCCAGGGCUGGAUGUGUGGAGCAUCGGCAUGACAAUCCCAGAGCUCAUCACCCAUGAUGCAAUCCUUAGGCCAGUGUUUGUGAGCUUCCUGAAGCACGGUCGGCCGCACAGGCAGGCAAGCAUUAUGUUGAUGGAGUGGCUGAGCUCUGUCAAGAAGGUGCCCAUACCCAAGUCCGUCGAGAGCUUCGACAAGGACCUCCUCUCCCUGCUUGUGAACUCCCUCCUGGUCCCCGACCCCGCGAAGCGCAAGACGCUGGCCGAGAGCCUCAACCACCCCUUCGUCAAGCCCAUCCAGCUAGCUCGGAGCGUAGCCCGAAGCUCGACCAGCCCCAUCACGUACGCCGUGGGCGACACCGAUGAUGACCCGUCGGCGUCGGGCGGGCUGAGGAGGCGCGAGCGGAAGGGAACCCAGGACAUCACCGCCCGACACAAGGGUGUCCUCUGGAAGUGCAGCAAGACACAGGAUCCUAGCAAGAAGGAGAAUUGGUACAAGCGGGACGUGUGGCUGUCGGCGAACGGAAGCCUUUGCUACCACAGCCCGAAGCAGGGCAAGCAGCUGAUCCUGAUCGACGGGCACCAGAUGGCGAACGCGGACUUGGGUCUCUUCGAGAAGGGGGCCAUCGAGCCCGCAAUCGAGAUUUCGAUCGCAGAGGAGGAUGAGGAUGAGGACGGCAAGAGCUUGCCGCGAGAGACUCACGUCUUCGGGUGCGAGUCUGAGGAGGACUACGCCGCCUGGAUGGAUGCCUUUGAGUCGGCGAGGCAUAUAGCGGCCUUGACGAUGAAACUGGGCCGCAGUAUAGCGGUGCAGCUAAAGGAGUUCCGUUUGACUGUGAACAACAGGCGGAUCAAGGUAGACGACGACGAUAGCGCAGACCGCGUCCCAGUGUUCAAGUCGAAAUUGUGGAAACUCAAAGCAGACUCUGAUUGGAGCGACAAGCAGAAUUGGCGUGAGCGGGAGAUGUGGAUCUCGCAGAAUGGCAGUCUGGUGUACUACAGUGUGCUGGAGGAUAGGGAGCUCGUCUACUACAGCGCCAGCGAUCUUGCCAGGGCUACCGUUUCCGCACACGACCAGACGGACUCCUGCAUGUCAUGGGGGUUCAGCGUCCAGCUGCCCGCUCAGGACGGAGUGGAGUUUGCCCCCGGCGAGUUCGCGGCAGACUCGGAGGACCUCCGCACGGAGUGGAUGAAGGCCGUGCGUCGGCCGGCGCUCAUCUCCUGA